AUGGGUGCGAAAGAGUCCAGAAUCGGCUUCUUGUCCUAUGAGGAGGCCGCGAAGAGAGUGACGGACGUGGAGCUGAAGCGUCUGAAAGAUGCCUUCAAAAGAGCCAGUGGAGUGUCUGUGUACAUGAGUCAGCAGAGCUUCUACAGAGACGUCCUCGGAGAUGCUGUGCCUCCUAAAGUCGCAGAGGUGAUCUACUCGUCAUUUGGAGGAACGUCCAAAGGUCUUCACUUCAACAAUCUGAUCGUGGGUCUGGUUCUUCUGACGAGAGGAAAAGAUGAAGAGAAGCAGAAGUACCUGUUCAGCCUCUUUGCCUCUGACCCCAGUGGAUACGCCUCCAGAGAGGACAUGGAGGCCGUGCUGCAGGCUCUGGACGGAGAGGUGCCCUUGGCUCUCAGACAGUGCUUCUCAGAGGGGGAUAAGGUGAACUUUGAGAGGUUUCGCUGGUGGCUGCAGCAGAACACUGAGGCCUUCACUUUCUCUCGAUGGCUUCUGUCCGGAGGAGUCUGUGUGACUCUGACAGACGACAGCGACACGCCCACCUUCUACCAGACACUGGCCGGGGUCACACACUUGGAGGAGUGCGACAUCAUCGACCUGGAGAAGAGGUACUGGCUGCUGAAGGCUCAGUCCAGAACCGGACGCUUUGAUCUAGAAACGUUUGUGCCUCUAGUUUCUCCACCAAUACACAACUCCCUGAGUGAAGGUCUGUUCCAUGCCUUUGAUGAGAACCGGGACAAUCACAUUGACUUUAAGGAGAUCUCUUGUGGACUGUCAGCCUGCUGCAGAGGACCUGAGGCCGAGAGACAGAAGUUCUGUUUCAAAGUCUUCGACGUGGACAGAGAUGGGGUCCUGUCCCGGGACGAGCUCCAUGAGAUGGUGGUGGCUCUGCUGGAGGUCUGGAGGGACAACCGCACCGACUCUCUACCUGAGUUACAGAGCAGCGUGUCCGACAUCGUGGAGAGUAUUCUGAAGAUGCACGAUACCACAAAGAUGGGUCACCUGACAUUAGAGGAUUACCAAAUAUGGAGUGUGAAAAGUGCCCUGGCCAACGAGUUCCUCAACCUGCUGUUCCAGGUUUGUCACAUCGUCCUGGGUUUGAGACCGGCCACUCCUGAAGAAGAGGGUCAGAUCAUCAGGGGUUGGCUGGAGCGGGAGAGCAGACACGGGCUUCAGCAGGGACAGAACUGGUUCUUGAUCUCCAUGCAGUGGUGGCAGCAGUGGAAGGACUACGUCAAAUAUGAGCAGAAGGGUAUCGUUGUGGAGCAGCCCUCUGUCCUGUCGUCCCUCCGCUCCUCAGCGCCCCCUGUCUGUGCAGAGGCAGACUGCAGAGGAGCCUGGAGUCCUCAGAGCUCCUUGAGUCCAGAUGAGAGGAGUCCAGACACUCUGAGCAGCGCGUCUGAGGCCACCGAGACCGCUCUGGCUCCUCUCCCUUCCCCCUCCUCAGACAGCUGUUUCUCUCGCGCUCACCCGUCCUCAGAGAACCCUCAGUGUUUCUCUGGUCAGAACGGACACCUGCCUCAGCUCUGUCCUCAGAGACCAGCGGCCAUCGACAACCAGCCACUGGUCAACAUGGACCCCAUCAAGGCUCCAACGCUGACCAUGGAGGGUGGCCGUCUGAAGCGCUCUCUGCAGCUGGUUCCAGGUCGAGACUUUGAGAUCGUCCCUGAACCAGUGUGGAGAGCUCUGUAUCACUGGUACGGAGCCAACCUCAGCCUCCCACGACCUGUGAUCCUGGAGAGCCGCACUAAGGCUGCAGAGCUGGAGCUGUUCCCUCGCUUUCUGCUCUUCCUUCGCCAGCAGCCGGCCACUCGCACUCCUCAGUCCAACAUCUGGGUCAACAUGGGUAUGAGCAGCCUGAGAAUGUUCCCUCCACAUUUACCACCACCCAGAGGAAACGUCCCGUCUCCCAAUGCUCCCCUGAAGAGGGCGCUAGCGUACAGCGGCUGCUUCAGUCGCAUGGGGACCAUCAAAGACAUCCACCUUUACCUGUCCCAGAGACUGAGGAUCAAGGAGGAGGACAUGAGGCUAUGGCUCUACAACAGUGAGAAUUACCUGACGCUGCUCGACGAUGAAGACCACACUCUGGAAAGUCUGAAGAUCUACGACGAACAGCAGCUUGUCAUCGAAGUGCGCAACAAGGACAUGAGCUGGCCAGAAGAGAUGUCGUUCAUUGCCAACAGCAGCAAAAUGGAUCGAACCAAAGUGCCCACAGAGAAAGGAGCCACUGGUCUCAGUAACUUGGGAAACACCUGCUUCAUGAACUCCAGCAUCCAGUGUGUGAGCAACACCAAACCUCUCACCGACUACUUCAUCUCUGGGACUCAUCUGUACGAGCUGAACAGGAUGAACCCGAUCGGGAUGCGUGGACACAUGGCCAAGUGUUACGGAGACCUGGUGAUGGAACUGUGGAGCGGAACACAGAAGAAUGUAGCUCCGCUCAAACUGAGGGGAUAA